AUGCACCUCACUCAGAUCCGACAUCGACCCCAGCUCUGGGACCAGCGCCGCCACCAUACCGGGUUGCUGAAGGAAACACGGGCGUUGUCGACCAAGGUCAAUCGCCGCACGCCCCACCCCAGCAGCGUGCGCGCCACGGAGCAGCCGAGGGUGCCGGCGCCAAGCAGGAGGCAGCGCUGGGAGGAGAGGGAGCCAACCUCCAGGCUGGGCACGGCGCGCCAGCGCAUCAGCCUCAGGUUCAGGUCCACCGCUGUACUCGAGGGUGAGGGAGGGGUUGUUGAACGUACUGGGGCUCAGUCAAGCAACCCAUCCACGGGUCUCUCCUGUGUGGCAGGCGACCUGUGCACCGACGCCCAGGAGAAUGCAGAGGGAGUUGGAGCAACAUGGCUCAAAGUUCCCAUCUCAAGACAAUAG